ACAUAUUCUUAUUUCAUAGGUUACCCCAUGUGGAUCAUGGAAAACGAAUGAAUCACCCUCCAAGCUCUCUGUGUGUGGAUGUAGUUGGAGUAGGGAGACAAGUAGACAACAGUUUAGGAGCAGUAACCACUCCACGGUCCCCAACGCCACCAUCAUCACAGGGAUCAAAGAGCAAUAGUCCACUUCUUAAUGGACAUGCAAAUUCUAUCACUGCUGGAGGUUUAGCUAAAAAACCACAUGCUUUUUCUGGUAGUUUCUUUGGAAAAGGUGAAAGCUUUACAAAAUCUCCAUCUAUAAAAGACAAGUCUCCUCCAGGUUCAAAGACUAGUGGGGAAUCAGUACCAGCUAUUCCGCCACCACCUGUGACUGCCAUACCUGCACCAGCUAGUGUACCAUCUAUCACUACAGAUGUAAUUAUCACAAGUGCUUCCAAUGGGCUACCAAACAGUUCUUUAGUAACUGGGUGGCAAAAUAGGAUUACUAAUCAACCAGGUCAGGCAGGAGUACCAAAUAUGACAAUGAGUGAGGGUUCUGGAAUUAAAAUGAGCAUCAGUGGCCCCAGUUUACAAGGCUCUACCAAUCCAGCUAUUGCACCACAUAUACCAAAGUCUGUGUUACCAACUAGAGUGGCACCACCGCUACCACCAAUAGUUACUGCAACAGGAAACGCGCAGACAGUAUCCACAUACAUGCCACCUGUUGCUGUUAUUACACCCUACCGUAAGGUUCCAAGUUUAGUAACGAGGCCACUCUCAGUCCCAGAUGCAUCUAUACUUAUCACUCAGGCAUGCAAGCAGGGAGAAAAUCAUGAUGAAAAUUUUGAGAUAAAGCGGCAAGAGGGAGAUAAGCAGUCAGCAGUAGCCCGAAUUGCUUCUUUUCUUACUAAAAAGGAUAAACAGGGACUGGAAAAUAAUGAGGUAGAUGUUGAAGCAGGACGUGCUAAUACCCUACCAAGAAAAGCAGCUAAGAUCAAGCGUGAAAGUCUUGUGCAAUUAGAAAUCUCUGCUCCAAUGCAACUUCAUGCUACAGAACUUCCUGCAAAUUUAGUCCCAGUUAGAACAGCUCCUGACCCUCCAAUGCCUAGCAAUGUAAAACCAAGCCAGGUUAAAGCAGCUCAAGAAGAAAUUAGCAAACCAAACAAAGUAUCUUGGGCUCCAUCUGUCCCUGAAGACAAAGUCAAGACUCCAACCACAGGAGACUCGAGAUCAAAUAUUAGAGUAACAUGGACACCAUCAGUGAUAGAAAAAAAUGAUACCAACAAAGAACUUCAAAGAAUAGGUAGCAUGAGGGAAACUCCAGUGACUAUUCGUCCAGCCAUUCCAAAGUUUGGUUCCAUGCGUGCACCAAGACCCAAAAGUUUACCACCAACAAGGCCUUCAGAACCACCACCUAGACCUCCUCUACCUACAAUCCCAGGAACACCUGAGUCGGAGUGUUUCUAUGAUGACUGUCUAAAUAUCCAAGAAGGCAGUGCUCCAAUAGCUGAUAUAGAGGAUGACACUACACCAUCAGAAAACAUUUAUGCAACUAUUGAUGACAGAACUCCAGAUAAAGAAAUUCCCCUACAAGAGGUUACAUAUCUGCCUCCAGACAUAGUCAAUGGUAAGAAAGAGAAAAAAUCUAUAUUUUCUUUCCUAUAUAACAAACCAAAAAAGAAAGAAAGUAAGGAUAAAAACUUGCCAGAAGAGGAUACAGCAUCAGAGCCUGUCUAUACAAAUCUUAUAGAAUCACCGCCUGAUCAUGAAGUAGAUGUAGAGAAAGUUGAAUCUCCACUUGCAAGCGACAUAUCACCGUCACUUAGUUCCCCAUCUCCUACUUUACUUGAUAGCCAAAGAACAAGUUGUGGAAGUUCAGAAGAUGGUGGAUUAUUGUCUGAAAUAGUUACAGAAUUGUCAACUAGAGAUGCUGAAUUUGUUAGUACAUUAGCUAAGAGAAAAAAAAGUAAAGGUGGAGACCAAGAACACAAGACUAACAAAACAAGUGAAUCAAGAUCUCUUACUAGUCAAGAUAGCAGAGUUAAUACUUCACAAAACUCUGAGGCAAUAUUACACACUAAAACAAGCGAUGCCAAUAUAGGCUCUAAAAUGGUAAGCAGUAAUGGCAUGAGUAAAAGUACAUCAUAUCCAUGGAGAUCUAAGAAGGUGCCUGAUGUAAUGAAAAAAUCUAGCACAUCUGCUUCAACAUCACCAAAUGAAGAUGCUAUAAUUUCUGAUAAUCUUCCUAAAGCUAGCAUACUAAACUCUCAUACUAGUAAUAUACCACUGAAGCCUGUGCCAAGAGGAGUAUUCUCAUAUUUAAAUGCAGGAAAUUCAAACACUGCAACCACUGUACCAGCAACAACCUCUGUAACAUCAACAGUAACACCUGCCACAUUGAAAUCUUUAAGUUUAAUUAAUUCAAAGAGUAGUCCAGUGAUACCUACAACUCCAACAGUCAACACAACCACACCGAGCACCACUAAUACACCAGCAUCAAUGACUUUAGCAGCAUCACUGGCAGCAGUAAGAGCAGCAGGAGCAGCAGCUGGGGAGGCAGCAGCAACAGCAACAUUAGCGGCCAGUAACAGCAAAUUUGUGAAAACUACCGAUAAUAGCCAUAGUAGUAAAUUUCAGUCUUUAAAACCAAACUUAAGGGAAAGGGAAGUGCCAGGACAAUCUGUUAUUUCAAAAACAGCUGUAACUCCUCCUGCUUCUACAAUCAAUGCCUCAUCAAACAUUUCAGCCCCUGUACUAACAGUCACAACUGCAAGAACAGCAGAGAUACAAAAAACUGUUCCUUCAACAGCUACCAAAAUAUCUUCGGUAGCACAGCCUAAUAGACCAGUAUUUCCUCCAGACAAAGUGCUAUUCCCAGCAGACAAAGUCAUUACACAAAAUGCUACAGAAAAAAUGACAAAAAUGGAAGCCUUGCCAGACACAAGCAAAACUUCUGAUUUUAAGGAAUCAAGUGCAACAUCAUCUGGUGGAAGUAAUGUUGCACGUGGCAGAGGUUCAUCUCCAGCAUCUAAAGUAACUUCAUCAGUUUCUAAGCCUGGGCGUUUAUUAUCUCCUUCUCAAAGUGCUACACCUACACGUGGUGUAACGCCUUUAAGGACUACUACUACUAUUGGUAGUGGUCGGGGGGAGAAGAGCCGUAGUACUACACCCCAGCCAGGAGCAAAGAAGACAACAGGAACAGGAAAUAAGGCAGAUCAGAAAGUGGGAAGCAAGCCAAGUGAGAAGCCAGGAAAUAAGACUACAGACAAAACAGGAACCAAAACAGGCACCAAGACUGCAGAUAAACAAGUGGAAAAGGCAGGACCAAAGAAAGCAGCUACAAAAUCUAUGCCAACAGUUAGUAAACCUUCAACUGGACAGGUCAGCAGACCAGGAUCUGCUUCUGGAAUAUCAGGCAUCAACCGAAGUGGACGAAUAAGCAACUCGCAUGUAGCGUCUCUACAACAGAAAUUUGAAAAGAAAGAAUCUGAAGUCCAGGACCAAAAGACCGUAACAAAAACACCGUCCAGAAAAAGCCAGGAAGUGAAGCCAGUGGUGGCCCCUAAACCCAAGUAAUUUCCAUGCCAUGUUUUUAUCUUUCAUAAUACUUACUGUGCAGUAUUUAGACACAAAAUAUCUCAAAUCCUUUCCAAGGGGGGUGGGGGAAAAGGAGUUUUGUGUCAGUUAAGAAUAGAAAUUUUGUACUAUUAAACAGCAGUGAUGGUAUUUUAUCCACACCUGCAUGUCAUUGUUGCCCAAAAUACUGAGGUUACAACAAAUGUAGUGACCACUUAUCUUGCCAUUAGCAAGUGACACUGUGAUAACUUAUGGGACUUGAGUGGAAGACUUUUUUUUGGACUGUGGAUAAAAUCCCUUGUCUCAUAAUAAUGACUGAUGUGCUUGAUAUUUUCUGGAGUGAAAUUAACUGCCAACAAGUUUCUCAUGAUGUAUGACAAAAGAUUACAAAAUGGGGCUUGUUUGUUGAUUUUUAAUAAUAUACUCUAUAAACCAAAGAUAUUUUGUUAUUAUUUAACAGUAUUACAGUGUUUGUUUUCUUGUAAAUGAGAUUACAUUUUAAUUUUUUAAUUGUGUUUGUGCUGUCUAUGAGCUUCAUGUCCCUAGUUGGUUUGUGUUGCUCCUAUUUAGUACAUAUGUAUUUUAAAUUGUUUAGAUAAAAUUGCAUUUCCUAGUACUUAUGCAUUUAAGCAUUUCCAUAUACAGUAUCCCAGUUGGUGCUCUCAAUUUUAAUUAAUGAUAGAAUGAAAAUCUUUAUUAAGUAAGCCUGUCAAGAUUCUCUGACAAAAAUAUAUACAGGGAUCAAUAUUUUUUUUGACAUUUCAUCUGUGGAAUGAUGAAAUCAAAUGAAACCUUAAGAUUUAUUGCUUUUGCAGUAUGCUCACUUGUUGGUAGGACUUAGUUUUUGUAAGUUUAAGCAAUUUUAGGGUUUCCAGAAUGAGUUGUCUAGGUUUGCCUUAUGGAACACCUGUGUCAUUUCAAGAA